CCUGAGAGCACAGAAAUACCUAUGAUCGACACAGACUUGACUAGGAUUAGGAGCCAUUGUUUUAGCAUAGCUGGAUCAGAGCAGAUCCUAAUCUUGGUUUUAGCAUCCUUCAUGAAUUAAACGUCGCCCAGUAUCCUCUGACAGUCAUAGCAAAAGGUUGGGUGGAUCACACUGCUACUUCAGCAGUCUCUUUCACAGUCAAUGAGUAGAUCAUUCCUCUAAACAAACAUUGCUUCAGCUAAAGUAUUAAGAGACCUUGCUAGCAGGUUAGCAUUCUCUGAAUUUACUGCGUGGGCUGCAGGAAACCAAACAUGUCAAUUUUGGUGAAGAAAACCUGUCGAAGUCAACUGACACUACUAAAAACACAAGAUGCAAGGUGGGGUGGACGUCCAGAGCUCGUUCCUGCACGGUGGCGACUGCUUCGACAUGUGGCAUGAUUACAUGAACCUGAGCAGCCUUCUGGAGAAGCGCGACCAGAGGGAGGUGGCUCCAGAGGAGCCCGAGAAGGACCCCCAUUGGCGACACCUCCAGACCCCAUCCAGGCGCAGGACUUCCAGCAUCUCCGCAGAGACUAGUUCCAGCAGCAGCAGCAACAGCAGUAGCAACAACGGGGCUUCUGCAAGCAGCUGCAGUUUCUGCAAGCAGAACGGAGAGUCUCCUAAGGUGUACCGGUCCCACAAGCUCAAAUCUGACGACGGGAAGGUGCUCUGCCCCGUCCUCCGGAAGUACACCUGUCCCAACUGUAAGGCCACCGGGGACAGAGCGCACACACGCAAGUACUGUCCUGGAGACAAGCGGCAGGAGGCUGCGAGGGUGCUGUCCGGAUUAAAGUUCUGGUAGCAUGAUGCUGUCAGCUGGAACAAACUUAUAAAAGGUUGUUUUGUUUACUUAAAAUCUGUCAACAAGGAGAAAAUGGGUUUAAGCGGAUCCUGUUUGGUUUGAUGUUUGAGCAUCAGUAAGUCUGACCUGCAUCCUUUAACAAUCCCAAACUUUCAGUAUUUGUUUGUUUGUUUUUAUCAUGACUAAAUGCAAAUGAUUUUGAGUUCAUGUGGCAGUUUUUGUUGUGUUCCGUCUUUAAUGAGUUAAAACACAAUAAUAAUCUGUUCCGUCAUCAUUUUCAUAUAAUAAACAGUUCUUUGAAAACUA